UUUCAACACUACUAUAUAACAAAUAAUUUGAGGCUGUGUGAUGGGAAGCAAGACGUCCUCAUUAUUAAGACCAGACGAGGUACAGACCCUUACUGAGAAGACGGGGUUUACAACCAGGGAGAUCGUCAGACUUUACAACAGAUUCGCGUGUUUGGAUAAGUCCCGGUCCGGAGUUCUGCGGAGGGAAGAUCUACAGAACAUUCCAGAGUUUAGUGUAAACCCACUGUGUAACAGGGUCAUUGAGGCCUUCUUCUGGGAAAGUGAUGAGGUCAACUUUACCCAGUUUGCAACCCUACUUUCCACAUUCCGACCGAUCCGUUCCCGGACAGUCACAGAGUUCAACAACAGAGAGGGCAAGAUAAAGUUCCUCUUCAGACUUUACGAUGUUGACAAAGAUGGGAAACUCAGUAAAGAGGACUUUCACGAGGUUCUGGCGGGUUUAGUUGGAACUACAGUUCAAGAUAAGGAGAUGGAGAAGGUCAUUAUGCGGGCUAUAUGUGAAGCAGGAGCUGAUAUCAAUGAUGAUGACGAGGAAAUAUUCGUUACAUUCGAUCAGUUCAAGAAAACGCUAAAUCACGUGGACGUGGAGACUAGACUCUCAAUGCCUUUCUAAAUCACAGAACAAUGUUAAUGUUUGGUAUAGGGGUCACAGAACAAUGUUUCCACAGAACAAUGUUUCCUUGGUCACAGAACAAUGUUACGAAGAUUUACAGAACUCUUAAUUCACGGAGAAACUUAAUCUUGGUUGUUCACGGUAUGCUCAGAGAAUGGUCGGUUCUCUUUCCUCGGACAAUUGCAUUCUCAACUCUUCUCGUUAACAUUUUCUUUAUCAGAUGACAUUUUUCACAAUUAUUAUUCUAGCUGCAUGGCAGGACUAUAGCUGGUUGGAUUGAUAUAGGAGCAUGUCCAGAUUGUUCACUGUUCAUUAGGUAUUCUAAUACCUGGCUGUUAUAAACCAUGUACAGUUAAAACCCCAAUUUACCACGGAGUUUGGGGAAAGGAACAGCUUCAGUAAAUGUAUGAUAAUUGAUAAGCCCUUAAUUGGGGAAGGGAAUGGGCUGCGGGAAAUCGGGGUUUGCGCUAAAUUGGGGCGCUAAAUCAAUGGUUGGUUUUAUUAUGUAAACACAAUCAAGGUCAGUUUGUUGAUUUUUGAAUGAGAGAAGCCGUUAUACUUAUUUUGAAUAGUUUAGAUAUUAAUUAAUUAAUUACUUCUAAACUACUGAGUACUGAUAUAUUGUGUAAUAUAAUGUGAGCGUGCAAAAUUGGGAAAACAGCAAUUUGAAAUCUCAUUUAUUGUUUGUUGCUUUUUAUACAGUUAAAGGGUUUUAAUUGUAGAUAUGAUUGAUUAAGGUUUGGGAUUGAAAAAUGCACUCGCUAAGAUUCAUUCAUCACUUUUAGCUCUCAUCAUAUUACAACUGUCUAACAAUGUUAACGUCGCACAGUUUUAAUUGUAAACGAUUUGUAAUUUAUGCUUUAAUAACAUGUAUUGAAAUUUAGAAUUUUGUUUUUAUAAACGAAA